AUACCGCUGAAUUUCAAUAGUGCACCUUGGCUGGUGACAACUACAAACAAAAAACACCCUAAACAAAACAAUUGAAAUAACAGUCUUCGCUUGACACUUUAAACGUUCGUGUCCGAUUCGAUUUUCCCAAUUUUCAUACAAGAUCAUGGAAAUCACGGUGGACAGCCCCAAUGUUACCUACUCUGAUAAUUAUAUUGAGGCGAAAUAUGAUUAUCAGUAUACAAGGGCGAUAAAGGAUGGAAAUAAAGUGUUGGUGACGCCGAUAACUGAGAAACUGAGUCUGCGCACCAAACGCAAGGUUCCGCAAUUGGGCGUGAUGCUCGUGGGUUGGGGCGGCAACAACGGUUCGACCUUCACCGCCGCCCUGAUCGCCAACCGUCUUGGACUCUCUUGGCCGACGCGUCGCGGCGUACAGCAUGCCAACUGGUACGGUUCGCUCACCCAAUCGGGAACCGUCCGUUUGGGCGACGACGUUUUCGUGCCCAUCGGCCAGGUGUUGCCCAUGGUAGACCCGAACGAUAUCGUGGUCGACGGCUGGGACAUCAGCAAGUUGAGCAUGGUGGAAUCGGUGGAGAGGGCCAUGGUAUUGGAACCGGCCUUGCAACAACAGUUGCAGCCUCAUUUGCAGGGGAUGAGGCCCAGGCCGUCGAUUUACGAUCAAGAUUUUAUUGCUGCUAAUCAGCUAACGCGUGCCGACAAUGUAAUAAAAGGCACUAAGAAAGAGCAAGUCGAUCAGAUAAUUCGUGACAUAAACGAUUUCAGACAAAAGACCAAAGUGGAUAAAGUUAUUGUUUUGUGGACGGCCAAUACUGAAAGAUUCAGCGAUAUAAUUCCUGGAGUGAACGAUACAAUCAACAAUCUGCACAAAGCCAUCGAUCAGAAUCACAAGGAAAUCUCUCCGUCAACUCUUUUUGCUUACGCUUCCAUCAUGGCUGGUUGCAUUUACAUAAACGGGUCUCCCCAAAACACCUUCGUUCCUGGCGUUAUUGACUUUGCCGAACAACAGGGCAUUUUUAUCGCUGGCGAUGAUUUUAAAUCAGGCCAGACCAAGAUUAAGAGCGUGUUGGUUGACUUUUUGGUCGGUGCUGGUAUCAAACCGACUAGUAUUGUAAGCUACAACCAUUUGGGCAACAAUGACGGCAAGAACUUGUCCGCGCCGGAACAGUUCAGAUCCAAAGAGAUUUCUAAGAGUAAUGUGGUUGAUGAUAUGGUGGAGUCCAAUGACGUUUUGUUUAAACCAGGCGAAAAACCGGAUCAUGUGGUUGUUAUUAAAUAUGUCCCUUAUGUUGGUGAUUCUAAACGUGCUUUGGACGAGUAUACAUCCGAGAUAAUGAUGGGCGGUACUAACACCAUCGUGAUCCAUAACACUUGCGAGGAUUCACUUCUUGCCACGCCCAUUAUCUUAGAUUUGGUCAUCCUGGCGGAAAUAUGCAGCCGUAUCGAGAUUAAAAGAGCUGGAGAAUCAUCCGAUAACUAUACCAAGUUCCACUCCGUUUUAUCUCUUCUAAGCUAUUUGUGCAAGGCACCAUUGGUACCUAAUGGUACUCCAGUGGUUAACGCGUUGUUCAAGCAGAGGGCGUGCAUCGAGAAUGUCUUGAAGGCAUGCAUUGGGUUACCUCCUGAUAAUAAUAUGACAUUGGAACACAAGGUUCCAUUUUUGAUGAAUCCACUUAUUGGAGAACCCAACUUAAAAAAACGCAAGGUCGAAAACGGCAAAAAAUAAAUUGAAAUAAUAAUUUAUUUUUUAGCAUUCCAUUGUAAGAAUAUUACAAGGAUAUCCAAAUCAUCAUUUGAACCCAAUCUGUAGGAUUAAUAUUAGUUUAAUGUAUGUGGUUUUUCGACUGUGAUCGAAGAGAUUCAAAUAUUUGUCAAAUGGUUAACUGUUAUUCAAGAGUUUUAUGAUAUGUUAUAUUGGUAAUUUAAUUUAUCUUUAUUGUUAGUACAAUUUACUUUUGUAUCUUUGUAUAUUAUCGUAUAAUAAACGUUAAAUAAAUGGCA